AACCCUUGUAUCGCUCUCUACUUCUCUUAUCUCAGUUCGUCUGUACCGUGUUCUUCUGUGUCUCAACGUCAACUGAUGCAGUAACUAUUUAUUCUUCUUCUUCUCUUCCGUUACCCGCCAUGGAAGUAGCCACCAUGUCUUCGCGCUUUUCGCUCGACACUCGAUUGUUAUCAACUCCGAAUUCAAGAACUAGAAACUCAAAACAUAUCUUGAAUCCCUCUGCUAGUGUUUCUGUGAAAGCUUCUCUAACCAGCAACCUAAUUGCUCCAUUUGUUGGUGGGAGUGUCACUGGCGAUUUCGGCGGUCAAAAAUUUCGUCCUUCGUCUCUCAAUCCGUCAUCCAUCUCGUCCGGUUCCCGCGGCAAGAGAGGUGUCGUCACCAUGGUCAUUCCUUUUUUGAGAGGAAAUGCAUGGGAGCAACCUCCUCCAGAUCUAGCAUCAUACUUGUACAAGAAUCGAAUUGUAUAUUUGGGCAUGUCUCUUGUUCCUUCCGUCACAGAGUUGAUCCUAGCUGAAUUUUUGUACCUUCAGUAUGAGGAUGCUGAGAAGCCAAUCUAUCUAUAUAUAAACUCCACUGGGACAACAAAGGGUGGCGAGAAGUUGGGUUAUGAAACAGAGGCAUUUGCCAUAUAUGAUGUUAUGAGGUAUGUAAAGCCACCUAUUUUCACCCUUUGCGUUGGCAAUGCUUGGGGAGAAGCAGCACUGCUUUUAGCUUCUGGUGCCAAAGGAAACCGCUCUGCUUUGCCCUCUUCAACCAUCAUGAUAAAGCAGCCAAUUGCAAGGUUUCAAGGUCAAGCAACAGAUGUUGACCUUGCAAGAAAGGAAGUAAAGAAUGUGAAGAAAGAGUUGGUUGAUCUCUACUCAAGGCAUAUAGGAAAAUCACCUGAGCAGAUCGAGGAGGAUAUCAGGCGUCCAAAAUAUUUCAGUCCUAGUGAGGCGGUUGAGUAUGGUAUCAUUGAUAAGGUACUGUACAAUGAAAGAGGCAGUGAAGAUCGUGGAGUUGUUUCUGACCUGAAAAAGGCUCAACUUAUUUCGUAAACUCUGCUGGGCAGUAGAACUAUGGAGGCAAUUUUACAGUUGAUAAUUUGCAGUUGCAAGUCAUCAUCUGGUCUGGAGUGACUGAAAGCUGAACUGUAUUAUUGUAUGAUAAAAUUAAAUAGUUUCAAUCAAUUGUCCAACGGGGACAGUCUUUAUUUAUGUUAUUCCUAGAUAAUUGUCGAUAAUAUUAUCCCGCACCCUUG